UGAAAUUCAGUUGCACAAAACAUGUCGAAACCUUCUUCCUCGUAAACAAAAAGCUCAAAGAGCUCAAAUUUCUGCAACCCUAAUGGAAUCUGAGAGAGACGAAGCUUCCAAUCGACACUCAAAGCGGAGCAAACACACAAAACGUGCUCAAUUGCCAUCAAAUUCAGCCUCCAAUCGACAUCCAAAGGGAAGAAAACGCACAAAACGAGCUCAAUUUCCAUCAAAUUCAAUUCAAGAUUCAAAUUUGACAAUCCCUGCUCUUCCACCAGAACUCAUCACUGAAAUCCUCUCAAAACUUCCAGUCAAAUCUCUCUUGAAAUUCAGGUCUGUUUCAAAAUCUUGGCUUGCUAUAAUCUCUAGCCCUGAAUUUAUCAAGACCCAUCUGAGCUUAUCAGCUAAUAAAAACAAGGAAGAAACCCACCAUAUGCUUAUAUUAGGUCUUAGUGGACCUAAAUGGAAAUUUAAAGAUUGUCCUCUUAGUUCUUUAUUUUGUGACUCUGUUGUUAACGAGGUUUUUGACUUGGUUUAUCCCAUUAAAAAUGCCAGUAAAGAUAUCAGUAUUGUGGGUUCUUGCAAUGGAUUGAUUUUGCUUGCCCACUAUUCCGAAUAUUCUUUACUAUGGAAUCCAACAAUUAGAAAGUGCAAGAAAUUGCCUGAUUUUAGACCUAGAUUGAAGAUAAAUAACUAUGCCGUAUAUGGUUUUGGAUAUGAUGAGUUCCAUGAUGAUUAUAAGGUAAUAGGUAUUUUUAAUAAUUAUGGCGGUUCAGAUUACGUGGAGGUCAAAAUGUAUAGUCUAAAGAGUGAUUCUUGGACUAGCGUUGAUUAUUGUGGGGAGAUAUUAAAUGCCUCAGGAUCUUCUCAAAAAAUGAAACUAACUGGUUCAGGUUUGUUUGUAAAUGGGAAGCUUCAUUGGGAUACUAUUACUUCUGGUCCAGUUGUGCGUACGGGCAAGAACAUCAUUUCUUUUGAUUUAGCUAAUGAGAAAUGGGAAAAGUUGGAGAAGCCCUUAGUUGGAGAGAAUGAAUUGUGUGUGGGAAUGAUGGGAAGUGAUCUUUCUGUCUUUUGUGGUUAUGAAGAAACUUAUUUAGGUGCUUGGGUUAUGAAGGAGUAUGGGGUUAAAGAAUCUUGGGUAAAGAUGUUUACCAUCGAGUAUCCAAAAGGUCAAUAUUUGUAUCCACCCUUUUUCAUGUCAAGUAAACGUGAAAUAUUGGUGGUGUUUGGAUCAACUUUCAUGAUAUACAGUUCAAAAGAUCACUCGGUCAGAUACACAUAUGUUACUAACUCUGGUGAUUGUUCUCUUAUGGAAAUCUAUAUUGAAAGCUUAGUUUGUCCUUUUUCUACUGAAGGGAGAGAGAACGCAACAAAAGAACGGGAAAAGCUUAGAUCAAAACAAUCUGAGUAACAAAUAACUUGGUGGAGGCACCUGGGCUGAAGUGUCAUCCGACACCAAUUCGUCGAAAUUCCUUCAAUGUUAUAUACAAUAGAUAUAUUCCAAAAUCUCUCUCUUUAACCCACUCACUAGGGUUCAAGUCACCCUUCCACCGAGGAAUAAGUUCCCUGAUGUAAGAAAGUAUUGUGCGAAGAAGUUUGGCUCUGAAUAUGCGCUUAAAAACUGGAAUGGCCGUACUGAAGCUUUCUUUUCUCAAGCUUGUAAUUUUAUGGUUGCUGCUAUGAGCUAUCUAUGGUGUUCAUCGUUGGUUGGCCUACUGCAAACUUGGAGAUUAAAAAUGGACAUCCGUUUCCGAAGGUCAGACAGGAUACGAAGAUGCUAUUUUUAAUGAGGAGAAGUUAUAUGCUGUGACACUUGAAAAUGACGUACAUGUAUUCGAGUUGUCUGCACCUUAUUCGAAAAAAGUUGAAACUGUAGAACCACCAACAAAAAAAGAGUUUCAUGGAAAGAGCUACUUGGUCAAUACUUCAAUUGGGCUGCUCCAGGUUCACCGAUAUUUCAGAUCCUUGGGGAGAGGUUGGGAUAUCCGUUAUCAAACAAUCCGCUUCAAGUUAUAUAUGUAUGAAUCUAGCAGUCGAAGUUGGUAUAAGGUGGAAAAUAUAGGUGAAAAUGUGUUGUUUUUGGGAUUAAACCAUUUGAUCAUAUUGUUCAUGCUUAGACUAGCUAUUUGUUAUGUUGAGCAACUCUUAUCAUGUUUUACGGAAUUUGGUAUUGAUUGAGUAUUGACUCAAAGUUGAAGUUGGUAUUUUGGAACUAAAUGUUGAAGUAAGACUAGUUCUUGAUAUUUCUAUCUCUUUGUUGUUAUUAUAAGUUGGGAGGUUAUGA